AUGCAGAUCGUUAACAAAGAUGAUGCUCUUUCAUUCAAUCAGCCAACAUUUUCUGCAAAACCCAUUUGGGGUUCCAAUGGAAUUACAUUUGCUAAUCAAUUGAUUGUUGGCCAAGAUCCUCGCGCCAUUUUUGUGAACACAAACAAUACAGUCUAUGUCGCUAAUCAAGAAAAUAGCACAAUUGUAAUAUGGCAAGAAAAGAGUGUCAGUCCAACAAAGAUCAUUCCUGGUAAUUUUGCAGAAUCCUAUUCUCUCUUCGUGACAUCAAAUGGUGAUAUUUAUAUUGACGAUGGCGAGGAGAAUGGUCGGGUGCAGAGAUGGAGUACAGAAACAAAUACCUUUGCCACGGUGAUGAAUGUUAACUCAUCAUGUUCUGGUUUGUUUGUCGAUAUCAAUGAUACUCUUUACUGCUCAAUGUACGAUCAUUAUCAAGUAGUGAAAAGAUCGUUGAAUGAUGCUGUGAUGACUUCAAAUCGUGUUGCUGCUGGAACGGGUAGUCCUGGAUCAGCCCCGAAUCAACUCAAAUAUGCCGCUGGCAUCUUUGUCGAUGUGAAUCUAGACUUAUAUGUGGCAGACUGUGGAAAUCAUCGAGUUCAGCUGUUCCAGUCAGGAGAAUUAAAUGGUAUCACAGUAGCUGGAAAUACAUCACCAAAUCCAACAAUUACAGUUGAUUGUCCCAGUGGAAUUGUAUUAGAUGCUGAGAAAUAUUUAUUCAUUGUGGAUCUAAGCACCAGUCGCAUUAUUGGUUCAGGCUUAAAUGGCUUUCGUUGUUUAGUUGGAUGUUAUGGACAGGGUUCACAAUCUAAUCAAUUGAAAGAUCCAUUUAGUUUGAGUUUCGAUCGCGCUGGAAACAUAUUUGUUACUGAUCGAUCGAAUAAUCGAAUUCAAAAAUUUUUACUGAUGAAUGAUUCUUUUGUUCUUUCAUUCAAUCAGCCAAAGUUUUGCCCAAAUGCCACUUGGAAUUUCAAUGGAAUUGCAUUUGCUAAUCGAUCGAUUGUUGGUCAAUGGCCUCGCGCCAUUUUUGUGAACACAAACAACACAAUUUAUGUCGCUAAUAGAGAAAAUAACACAAUUGUAAUAUGGCAUGAACAAAGUGUCAAUCCAGCAAAGAUCAUUCCUGGUAAUUUUACAGAACCGAACUCGCUCUUCGUGACAUCAAAUGGUGAUAUUUAUAUUGAUGAUAGUGAGAAGAAUGGUCGAGUACAGAAAUGGAUAGCAGAAACAAAUGUCUUUGUCACAGUGAUGAAUGUCAACUCAUCAUGUUCUGGUUUGUUUGUCGAUAUCAAUGAUAAUCUUUAUUGUUCAAUGCCUAAUCGUAAUCAAGUAGUGAAAAGAUCAUUAAAUGAUCCUCUGACGACUUCAAAUCGUGUUGCUGCUGGAAUAGGUAUUGGAGGAUCGGCCUCGAAUCAUUUGAAUCUUCCACGUGGGAUCUUUGUCGAUGUGAAUUUGGAUUUAUAUGUGGCAGAUUGUUACAAUAACCGUGUUCAGUUGUUCCAGUCGAAAGAAUCAAAUGGUAUCACAGUGGCUGGAAGUCCAUCACUACAUCCAGCAAUCACACUUAAUUGUCCAACUGAAAUUAUAUUAGAUGCUGAGAAGUAUUUAUUCAUUGUAGAUCAGCUUCAUGGUCGCAUUGUUGGUUCAAGCUUGAAUGGUUUUCGAUGUUUAUUUGGAUGUUAUGGGAAAGGAUCACAAUCUAAUCAAUUAUCAAAUCCAUCUAGUCUUAGUUUUGAUAGUUAUGGAAACAUAUUUGUUACUGAUUCAUUAAAUCAUCGAAUUCAAAAAUUCUUAUCGAUGAAAGAUUCUUGUGGUAAGUAUUAA